AUCAAGAAAUAAAUGUUAUUGAUCAAAGUAUUAAAAAUCAAAAAGGUAUCAGAAGUCAAUCAAAAUGGUGUAAAAAAUGCAAUAUGACCAACAUUGAAAAUAAAAGACAUACAUGCCCUAAUUGUAAUGAGAAAUUAGAUACAUUAGCUACGUUACAAGCGGAAUCUGCUGAGGAGCUUGCACGACUUAAUAAUACAGACUCUCAAUCAAAAUCUCUUAUAAUUAA